AAGUAUAAAUCGAAAGACCCGGAAACGUCGGAACCUAAUAUGUAAAAUGCACUUUGAAAGUCGCUCAGUGAAAAUGCGCCUCCUCGUAGCGCCUUUACUUACGCUCGGUAUGCUUUGCCUCACGGAAUGUGCCGGUUGGAGAUCAGAAGGACCUUAUAAAAUAUCAUACGGCACCAUAGAUCGAUAUGGACGGACGUGGUCGACGCCGCAAGAAUGUGCUAGGUCCUGCCAGGACGACGAAAGCCCACGUAAUUGUUAUUAUCAAUUCACCAUAGAAUAUUAUACAACAAUGAACAGCGCCUGCCAAUUGUGUCAACCAAACGCAACGAAUCAAUUAGUCAGUCCGCCGCUGUGUCAAUGCGUGCAGGCUGACGGAUACGAACGUACCAUUUUAUCCAUAAAUAGAAUGUUGCCAGGUCCAAGUAUACAGGUGUGCCUGUACGAUAACGUGGUGAUUGACGUAAAUAACAAAAUGGAUGGAACCGAAGUAUCGUUGCAUUGGCAUGGUCUUUUUCAAAAUGGUUAUCAGUACUAUGACGGUGUACCAUACGUCACGCAGUGUCCAAUAACACAUAGGACGACUUUUAGAUAUCGAUUUGUGGCGAAAAAUUCAGGAACGCAUUUUUAUCAUUCUCACAUUGCAACGCAGAAAAUCGAUGGCCAAUAUGGAAGUUUAGUCGUAAGGGAUACACCAAGUAACGAUCCUCAUUAUCAUUUGUACGAUGAAGAUCUUCCUACACAUGUAAUUGUUAUCAGUGACUACAUGCAUGAAUUGUCACUCGAACGUUAUCCUGGGCUGAUGACCAGAGACAUUGGUCAGUCAGCUGAUAACUUUUUAAUUAAUGGAAAAGGAAAGUGGUUUGAUCGAAAUGCUAAAAAUAUCACAAGUACUCCGUAUGCAGUCUUUGACGUUCAACGUGGAAAGAGAUACAGAUUUCGUGUUAUCAAUUCUUUCUGUACUGUUUGCAUAUCGCAAUUUAGCAUUGAAAAACAUCCGAUGCUAUUCAUCGCCCAGGAUGGGGAAUCUGUGAGUCCCAGAACAGUAAAUGUAUUUACAUCAGCAUCCGGCGAACGUUUUGAUUUUGUACUAACCGCCAAUCAGACUGUGGGAACUUAUUGGAUUAAAUUAAAAGGACUUGGUGAAUGCGCUGAUAACGAAGUACUGCAAUUAGCUAUAUUGAGGUACAACGGUGGUCCAAAAACUCCAACAUCUCCUCGACCAUCGUAUAAUGAUGCCGUAUCCAUGGGAGUGGAAUACAAUAACAUGAAAUUCGUGUGCGAUGGGACCAAAUCGAAUACUCUAUGUCCAAAUGAAGUACAGUCAGCGACUGAAGUGGAUCCUGCUUUCCUUGUUCCAGAUCCAGAUUAUCGUUUUGUAUUGCCAUUUUGGUUUCAUGAUUAUUCAAAUGAACUGGACGUCUUAUUUAAGCCGGAUACCUAUGGUAAUUUCAUGGUCGCCAAUGACCAAACAAAGUUGCUCGCUUUGGUCAAUAAUAUUUCACAUCAAACUUUGCCGUAUCCACCGCUCUCCCAGGGUGCGAAUCCGCAGGAUACGUGUAAUGCAUUUCGUAUGCCUCCUAAUUGCACAACCCCGUGCAGAUGCACGCACGUUUUGGACGUUAAGUUAGGAGCAGUGGUCGAGGUCAUGGUAUAUGACGCUCGUUCUCUUGCGCUGGUUCAUCCGUUCCAUUUGCACGGUUACUCGUUCCGUGUUUUCAAAAUGGGUAGAAAACCCGAAGGCACUAAUUUCACCAGGAGUGACGUCCACGCUGUUCUUAGGGAACAUUACAACACUCUAUGGAACGGUGGAUAUACUGCACCCCCUGGUAAAGAUACGAUAAUAAUACCGCAAGGGGGUUACGUCAUUUUUCGUUUCUUGACUGAUAAUCCAGGGUGGUGGCUGUUUCACUGUCACUUUGUCAUCCAUACGAUGGUCGGAAUGGAAUUAAUUUUUCAUGUUGGAGAUCAAUACGAUUUACCACCGGUGCCCAACAAUUUUCCUAGAUGUGGCAAUUAUCUACCUGAACCGUUUGAACGGAGAAAAUUUUACACAAAUUAUAUGAUGCGUUUCACUUAUCAUUUAAUCACCAUGAAACUUCCUGUUGCAUUACUAGUUAUUUCAACUCUUGUGCGUGUUUCCGGUAAAAGGGUGAGCCAACGGGCUUUUGAAGAUCUUCAGAAUCACGAUAUUUCAUACGGCAAAUCCAAUGAUACGUAUAUCGUAUUUUCAACGCCCCAAGAAUGUAACAGGAAAUGCAUCGCGAACGCAGCGCCGCUUACUUGUUACUAUCACUUCACCCUUGAAUUCUACCCGACAAUGAACAGAGCCUGUGAUACGUGUAAACCAAACAAUACAAAUCCACUGGUUCACCCACCGCAGUGUCAGUGCAUAGAAGCAGAUGGUUACGAACGUACUGUAUUGAGUAUUAAUAGAAUGUUACCUGGUCCAAGUAUUCAGAUUUGCCAAUACGACAGAGUAGUAGUGGACGUGCAAAAUAAUAUACCUGGAUUGGAGGUAACAAUACAUUGGCAUGGUACUUUUCAAAAAGGUACUCAGUACUAUGACGGCGUACCAUUUGUAACGCAGUGUCCUAUUCAUUCAGGAAAUACAUUUAGAUAUCAAUUUACUGCCAUAAAUUACGGAACGCUUUUUUAUCAUUCCCAUUCGGCUUUGCAAAAACUAGAUGGUCAAUACGGUAGCUUCAUCGUAAGACAGCCAGCCAGUGUAGAUCCUCAUUCUCAUCUGUACGACGAGGAUCUUCCGACUCACGUGCUACUCCUGAGUGAUUUUUUACAUGAAAUGUCAGAGGAACGAUUUCCUGGACGUACCACUCGAUCACCUGGUCAGAUACCUGACAGUCUUCUUAUCAAUGGAAAAGGUCGUUGGACGGAUCCAAAUACUAAUCAAACGACUACGAGCCAACGAGAAAUUUAUCACGUGAAACAAGGAAAGAAAUAUCGAUUUAGAACAAUCUCCGCUUACAGCACGUCCUGUAUAGUUGAACUUACUGUCCAAAAUCACUCGUUACUGUUAAUUGCUCAAGACGGAGAUCCGGUUGUAGAAAAAUAUGUAAAUACAAUAACAUUAGGCUCCGGCGAACGUGCAGACUUUAUCUUGCAUGCGAAUCAGACAAUUGAUUCUUAUUGGAUUCAGACAAGAGCAGUAGGUCCGUGUCUAAAUUUAGUACCCAGUCAGUCCGCUAUUAUCCAAUAUGAGGGCGCGUCGGAUACGCCCAGUACUAACGAACCUACAAACAGUAUUGGACUACCUAGAGGAAUUGUGUACAACGACUUGAGUUUUCGCUGCGACAGGAUACAUAAUGACACAAUUUGUGUCAAUCAAUUUGCAGGAAGACUAAAACUCGAUUCAGCAUUAUUGCAAGUCAAGCCGGAUUAUCGUUUUGUACUGCCAGUUGGCUUUCAUUCUUAUGCAGGUCAGAAUGAUGUUCUCUAUCAGCCAGGAACUUAUCGCCGUUACAUAAUACCUGGAGGUGGAGUAGGUGUUGUCAGUAUCAUCAAUAAUAUCAGCAAUGUAUUUCCACCGAGUCCGCCACUCUCUCAGGGUAUUUCAGAAUCUUGCAAUGGAGAUAAUCUUCCUCGUAAUUGUACGACACCCUGUGAAUGCACUCAUGUAUUACAGGUUAAACGACAUUCAGUUGUCGAGGUUAUGUUAUACGAUAUAUCUGGAUUUGGACUCUAUCAUCCGUUUCAUCUUCACGGAUAUGAUUUCUACGUUUUCGAUAUGGGAAAUUUCACGAGUAACGAUACGGAGGGCAAUGUAAAGUCGAUACUAGCGAAUCACGAAAAUAAACUUCGUCAUAGGAGAUACAAGAAUCCUCCAGGAAAAGAUACAGUUUUGUUACCCAGCGGAGGUUACGUCAUAUUACGUUUCAAGGCUGACAAUCCAGGCUGGUGGCUUUUCCAUUGUCAUAUAGUUUUUCACAUGAUUGUAGGAAUGGAGCUGAUUUUCCACGUUGGAAAUGAUUAUGUUGAUCUUCCACCUGUUCCACCUUUCUUCCCACGCUGUUACAAUUUUAAGCCAAAACCUUUUUCUGACUUAGAUCCGUUUUUUAUCUAACAAUCACCAAAUAAUAUUGGGUGAUUAUUAAAUUCUUGUUACGCAAAUAUUAUCAAAAUUCUCCCGAAGGAGCAUAGAGUGAUUGACUUUCGGUAAUUUUUUAGCAGAGAAACUACAAUCUUACCAAUGGAAUAUACGUACCCCGUGAACGUCUUUACUUAAAUCUUAUUACUUUGGUACGUGAUUGGUUCAUUGUUAGUAAAGCUUUCAAAUAAUAUUGAAAACAUUUGGGAAAAUUUUGGUGAUAAAAAUUCACAAAAGCAUCGACGUUUUUGUUUUCGUUACAUUCAACUUAACAUUGAUUAACGUCAAGAAUCCUAUUAAUUCUUUGUCAGAUUUAGACUUCUAUCAGAAUGGGACCUAUUUAAACUUUAAAAAUUCGAUCACAACGAAUCCACGAAGGACGAUUGAACGCAAUGCUUAGUCAAUUUUUUUAAGUAUUAUUAAAAUAUUACCCGGUCCACGUAUACAGGUAUAAGUUAUAAGUAAUAAAAUAAUUAAUAAAUUAAAUAAAUGUGUAAAUGUAUAAAUAAAUAUGUGAUAUGUA